AUGGCCUGUGAAGGUGUAAAAAGUUCUGGGGGCCUCGACUUUCAUGGUGGCCCUGCAGGUGCAAGCCGACGUUCAUAUGAUCUGCAGUGUUUUUCGGACUCUUCGUCAUCGCCGUCACCAUUGCCACCGCCGAGCACUUGUAGAGCUCACUGGGACUGGGAACCGUUGAAUAAUCUUUACAUCACCGACGAUAUUAUGGAAGGAGUUGGUUUCUACAGAGAAGAUAUGCCGGACUUUACACGAAAGAAAAAACGUAAACAAAGCAGUUGGCUUGGAUGCAUGCAAUGCUUGGAGUUUUUGAAACUUUUGAUUCGAAAGUAA